UCAAAGAAGGAUCAAGCUGAAGAGAUUGAAUCCAUGCAAAAUGACCGCUCGCUGUACAAGCUCAUUCAUACCAAACUCUUGUCCGCAUCAUUAGACGGCCCUUCUGAGGGAGAUGGAGCUAAACGGAAAAAGUCACUAGAAGGAAGAGUACUCGAGUUGAGCAAAAAUGCCAAACUAGGGAAAGGAGAGACCGAUGUACGGCGAGCCGAACAUAACAAGGCGCCCAGGCAUAUUCGAGAAGGCAUCGUCGCAAAACAAAAGGAAAAGCGGGAAAAGCAGCUCCAGGAGGUUCGUUAUGCGAGUAACACUUGUGAUUGUUCUCUGAUCCCGUGCCAGGCUAAAGAUUUAGGCAACUAUCACCCAACGAUCAAGCGGUUGCUAUCGGAUCCAGACAAGGUAUCAAGACCCAAGAAACGGGAGAGAGGGUUGGGAAUGGGGAUUGGCUCGUUCCGAGGAGGUGUCCUGACUCUCGGAAAGCAAGACAUCCAAAGGGGACAGGGUACCCCUUCAUUCAAGUCAAAAGGUGGAGGUAAACGUUCUUCUCGACGAUAA